UGGCAGUGGAGGGUGCACACCGGGGGUUUGGGUGGAGCUGUGGCCCGAUCUGAGGAAUGUGACGCGCGGACGGGAAGGAGACGCACACCGGCCGUUUCACCGGGAAGAGAGAUACCCGUCGGUACACGAGAGGAGACAAGUUCUGCAGAAAAGUUAGGAGGUUCAAAUUCCUCCUCCCCUACCUCUCCUCACCCUAGCCCUGACCUCUGACUCCACCCCUCUCUCCCAUCAUGGCACACCGAUCUCAGAGUUCAUCGAUUGGUGAAAAUCCCCUCGAUCCAAACUACCUGCCUCCACAUUACCGAGAGGAGUACCGCCUAGCUAUUGAUGCUCUGAUAGAAAAUGACGUAAAGGGCUACUAUGAGUUCCUCCAGAGCGUGGAAGUGGUUGGCUUUCUGGCACAGCCAGAAAUUGAAUAUAUCAAGUCCACAAUCCAGGUGCCCAACCAGACCUCCAGUGUCCCAGAGCUGACAUAUCAUGAAGGAGGUAAUGAUGCUGAUGGCUCCUCUGACACCUACUGGCCGAUGCAGUCGGACACGGCUGCUCCGGGGCUGGACCUGGGCUGGCCGCUCCCGCAACAAAGUUUCAUGGGGCCCACAGAGGUCACCACUCUAGUAAACCCCUCCGACCCAGAAAUGCCAAGCAUCAAGGAGCAGGCCAGGAGACUUAUCAAGAAUGCUCGCCAAGUUAUUGCUGUGGUGAUGGACACGUUCACAGAUGUUGACAUUUUCUCGGAUCUCUUGGACGCAGCAGGACGCCACGUCCCAGUUUACAUUCUACUGGAUGAGCAGGAAGCCCAUCACUUUGUCUCUAUGGUCUUCAACUGCAAAGUCAACUUGGACCUACAUCCUAUGGUGCGUGUCAGGACUGUGGCAGGAACAACCUAUUAUUCCAGAACAGGGAAAUCAUUUAAGGGGCAGGUGAAGGAUCGUUUCCUACUGGCUGACUGCAGAGCUGUACUCAGUGGCAACUACAGUUUCAUGUGGUCCUAUGAGAAGAUCCACCGCUGCAUUGCUCACCUCUUCCUCGGGGAGCUGGUUGCCACCUUUGAUGAAGAGUUUCGCAUUCUCUUUGCUAUGUCAGAGCCUCUCAUCAUUGACCCAUCCAAUGGAGCACUUGCACUCUCUGACACCAGCAGCACCAGCAGUUACUUAGGCACCCAAUUUGGUUUGAAGAGAACCCAGUCUUUGCGUAACCCCAUAGGUUACCGCAGGCAGCCUGAGCUUCCCUCUGGCUUCCCCUAUGGAGACUCUGAUCGUAACCUUGCAAUUCCUUUCCGGAGGAACGAUCCGUUUCGUCACACUAUUGAACCUGGACCGGGAAUUACAAUUGGGAAGUAUUCCCAGCAACAAUUUCGUAUGCAGCAGUCGUUCAUGGAGCAAGGGAGGUCCAUAGUUUCCAGGCAGAUGGAAAUGAGUACCAAUGCUUUCAAGAGGCACAGCUAUGCUGAAGGAACCCAGGAAAACUACACAUCUUCGAGGCAAUUCAUGAAGCACAGAGUCCUGAAUAAUCUGGAUGAGACAGACUUCCAAAGGGAGCAGACCCAGAGUAGCCAUUUCUACAGUGAGGGGCCUGGCCCAGGUUCUGGCCAUGGACACUAUGACAGAAUUCGAGGUCGUCCCCCACAACUCUCCAUUGACCAGUACUCAGAGUCAAGCUUUCGCUCAGAUCAGGAACCUCCACCUGGAAACUAUGGGCGAGACUACUUUUCAUCUGAGGACUUGAGAGGACCUGACGGGCGCCAUGCACCUCCAUUAGCUGGGAGGUAUGGAGGAGGAGAUUCCACCAGUAAGAGGCCAUCCAUAGGUCAGGCGUAUGCUUGCCAGAGCUCACCCACGCAGCCCCACCCACAAGAGAAGAAACCAUUUGGCAGACAAUCUGAUCAAGAGCAAGAUGAGGAUGCAGAUGCUCGGCAAGGCAUGAGGAGUUGGAGAAUCCACUCUUAUCUUAGUACUUAUGAGGACAGUGGAGAAGAAGGUCUGACUCAACCUUUGGGACCUGAUGCAUUUGAAGAUCCUCCACCAUCACAGCAGCCGACUGCCACUGAAAGCUCAGCUCCUCGCUUUGGAAUAAAGGACCCACCGAAUGUUCCCUCAAAACCCAGACCAGAUAUCCUUAGACCACGGUUUGGAAAGCCCAUCUUACCUGAGAGCAACAGUAAAGACACUGAGAAGGAAAUGGAGAGAGAGCCAGAUAGGGGUGCAGCAAGGGAGGUUGGUGUGGAUGCGGAGGCGAAAGAGGCUCCGGAUCUCUUCCUAUCCAAACACGAAUCAUUCCGUACACGUGUUAACCCACUCCUUCAACGAAGCUCUCGACUGCGUUCCUCGCUUAUAUUCUCAUCCUCCAAGGCAGAGAUACACAGUGGCAGCUUGGGCCUAAAACCAGCAACAGAGCAAGACGAGGAGUUGGAUAAAGUACGCACUUCUUCAAUUGUAGCCCAGAUCCUAGAGAAGAGGAGAUCAUUGUCUCGUGAGCCUUUUGAAUGGAGAAAGAAGACUGAGGAAAAAGAUAAGGAGAAAGAAAAGGAGAAGGAGAAAGAAAAACAGGAGAAAGAACAACAGGAGAAAGAAAGGGAGAGGGAGAGAGAAAAGGAGAAGGAGAGAGAAAGGGAGAGGGAUAGAGAAAGGGAGAGAGAGAGAGAAAGGGAGAGGGAUAGAGAAAGGGACAGAGAGAGAGAAAGGGAGAGGAGGGAGAAAGAAAGGGAGAGGGAGAAGGAAAGGGAGAGGGAGAAGGAAAGGGAGAGGGAGAAAGCGCGCCUGGAACAGGAAAUUCGAUUGAAAGAUGAGAUUAAAGCAAAAGAGGAACCUCAGAAAAUCAACGAAGAGGUAAAGACGACACCAACUGUCAUGAAAUCUGAAGUCACAACAUCUAUGAACAUGAAUGAUCCAGCCAGUAGACUGCAGUAUUUCAAAGACCUGGCUGCCAAGAGAAAGGCCUCAAAAAUGGAGACAGAGUCAUCCAUAAAAGCCCCAGAGCCUGCUGAAAAAAAGCCAGAUCUUUCUGAUAAACCUCCCAUGAAAGCCUCAAUAACUCCCAAAAUCCCAACUGUGUCUGUUACUUCAGCAGAACCUGAACCAAAAAAGACAGACAUCUCUGCAAAACUGGCCGAGCUCACUCGAAGAUCUUCAUUUAGUUCCUCAAAGCCACCAAUAAUCACUGCCAGGCCUUUUACAAGCAACCUGAAACAUACAGACACAUCCCACCCUAAAGAGGAAAGUUCUUCGGAGACUCAAAAGAAGGAUAUAUUCAAGUCUCUAAAGCCCCUUCCUUCACCGAAGAUCUUCAGGAGGGACCAGCUGAAGCUCAAAGGGCUGAAUCCUCGGCGCAUUUCCUGUGGUGAAGAGAUUCUGACCACAGACGCUACGGAUGCAGAGAAGAGCGAAAUGAAAAAGAGUCGCUCACAUAGUUCUUCAACUCUGCCACGUGAUGAGUCAAGGGAAGGACUUCACAAAGUUAUGGGGUCUAAUACAUCCAUCAACACUCUUGGUGAGGGAAAGGGUGAGGGUAAGACACUUGACUUCUUGAAGAAGCAGACUCAAAGAUUAAAGGGAUUCCUGGGGCCCAAGGAUAAAGAAAAGAAAUCUUCAGGGGACGACAGGGGCAUGAGUACAGUCAAAGAGAUCACUGAUGAUUCAAGCAAAAAGUCGAGUUCAUUGUUCAAGGAUAGAGUAUCUACCACUACUGACCAAACUUCAGGCAAUCACAAGGCCUCAGCAGGCACAUCAGGCCCAUCUCGUUACCAGGCGACAGGCGGCUCUGUUAUUUUCAGCAGCAAUCUACGAGAUGACACCAAAGUAAUUCUCGAGCAGAUCUCAGCCAACAGCCAGAAGAACCGACUGGACAGAGAAGAGACAGGAGGAGACGGAGAGGGCGACAGCGGAGAGAAAGGGCUGGAGAGACAAAACUCCUUGAAAAAGAGUCGAUUUCUGCGUCCAGCGAGCAACGUCCAGGAGCGGGAGGGAUUGCUGAAGAGGAUAGAGAGUUUGAGGAAGGAGAAGAAGGUCUACAGCCGCUUUGAGGUAGUCUAUCACUGCAAGGAUGAUGUUUGCAGCUUGGAUGGGAAAGAGAUUUGAACAAAAAAAAAAGUAGCCUUAGAUAUAAACAACUAAAGUGGUUAGACACACAUUAGUGGAAUCUGGGGUUAAGAUUAAAUUACAUUACAAAAAUCAGCUAUUUAGAAUAUAAAUUCU